GCAUAGACACAUUAACACCCGUCUUUAGACCUGUGCGGAGAUUGGGCGUUGGCGGGACGGCUGAGGUACAGACACGUGACAGCGUCACAGUCGCAGACCGUGCACAAGUACUGGCCAAUAGAAACCAGCGGGUGGUUGCUAGGGUGAAGGAGAGACAGGUGAUAAGCGAG